AUGGAUGCAUGGGCAGAUAACUCUGCUGGAAUGGUGUCGCUUACAUCUCCAGAAGUAGGGAUUAAAGGAGGAUCGCAUAUUUUGAAUUACUCCGACCCUUUGGUAGCUAAAGUUAUAGAGUUCAAAAAAGAAUUACAAGCAGAAGUAGAGACAAACAUUGAAAAUGAAGAAUCCAAUAACAAGCCAAUUAUUGAGAUGAUGAUUGCAGCAUGUGAUGGGGACUUGGUUACGUUUGAGAGCGUAGCUAGAUUGCACCCGGAGUUGAUCAAUACAUUGUAUCCUAGUGAAGACAGCGGCAUAUCGAGUUUAAUUUUCGCCAUAUGUUUUGAUCAAUAUGCCAUUGCCGAGUCUAUCUUAGCACAGCACAACGGAGACCCCGACUUGCAUGAUACGCUUGUGAAUAAUUAUACGCCGUUAAUGUGGGCUAUUUAUUUCAACCAGUUGGAUAUGGUGAAAUUAUUACUUAAUCAUCAAGCAGACCCAUACAUAUCGCCUAAAGACGACGACAAGACGGCCAUAAGUAUGGUGACACCAGGGAAGAGUCAUAUUUAUGAAUAUUUCAAGAACCACAACUUAUUGAAACAGAAGUCGUCUUUGGAUAGCGAGGAUUAUUACGAGUCAGGAUUCCAAUAUCAGGAAGAUCCUUUAGUUGACAAUUUGACGAACCAGAUUAAGUUGCAGAGUAUCACGGCUACUUCUGGGUAUCUAGAAGACGAGGAUCAUGAUCAACCAUCAGAAGAUCUUGAUGAAGAGCAAGAAUUGGCUAAUGAUCCAUUAAUUACAUCUUUAAAAGAAUUUGAUUAUGAAAAGUUAUUACCAGAACAAUACAUCAAAUUUACUGAUUCUGAUAUUCCAUCAUUAUUAGACUACAUAUUUGAUUUGAGAACCAAGAAGCUCGCAUUUCAGCAUGAUACCAAGAUCCCAGCGGCCAUUGUAUUUCAAUUGUUGAGAUAUGCAUAUUUAAAAGUUGAUAGCACUGAAUUGUCAGAAUUUUUAUUUGAUUGUUUUACUGCAAGAUUAAGGUCUGUUACUAAUACAAAGUCAGGUGUCUUUAAUAUGGCGACAGCUGAUGAUAAAGAAAAAUCAACUGGCUCAGGUGAUAUUGUACUUUUAAGUUACUGGUUGUCAGUUAUACAAUUUUUACACUUUUAUUUAAGCAAGAAUGGCUUUUAUACGAAAUUUCCAAAGUUUUUACAAGAAUUAAUCAACUUGGUUCAAUCAUUAAUAGCUACAUUAUCAUUUUCAAUUAACUCAAGAUUGAAUUUGUUGAUCGAUGAUUGCAUAUUAGACUUCACUAAUUUAGUCGAUGUUUCUAAUGUAUUAUACGCUAAGGAUUGGAAUUUUUUUAAAGGUAAGCGGAAAUUCCAUCCAAGCACAUAUGAAGAUAUUUUCGAUAUGUUGUACCCUCCAUCACAAACUGAAUUGAUGAAACCAUCUCCAAUUAGGUAUAUCCAAGUCUUAAAUGCUUUGGAUUACGUAUUAAAAUUACACCAGGUUAAUACUUUGAUCAAGUUUCAAACCUUUUCUGAAGUAUUUUACUAUAUCAACUCAAUUAUUUUCAACAGGAUCAUCUCACAGUCUAAAUACUGUACAAGAUCAAAGGCUAUUCAGAUCAGAUUGAAUAUUUCUACUUUGGAGGAUUGGCUAAGAUCUCAUAACUAUAAGAACUACAAGCCUGAUAAAAUUGGACAAGUUUCAAUGUUGCUAGGUCCUGCAAACCAUCUGAUGCAUCUCAGUAACCUUUUAGAGGAAACAAAUGAUAUUAAAAACCCGCAUUCAUUAUCGUUCUACUAUAAUUCUUUAUAUCAUAUUGGUAAGACGCAAUUGCAACCAACUAUCGAGUUGUUACAAUGGCUUCAGUGCAUGUCGCUGUUAACCGACGAAGAAAGUUUGAUUAUAACUAUUAAUCAGUUCGAUUAUUUAAACUAUUAUCAAUUAUUCAAAAUAAUGAACAAAUUAUACAAAUACGAAGUCAACGAGCCAAAACUUCCCAAGACUUUGACCAAUUUAAUUAAGAAUUUACAGAAUCAAAAGGGUGAAUCUCAAGUUUCGCAGAGCAACUUGCAUUACAUGACCCAAUCCAACUUUUUGCUGAAAGAAGUCUACAUUUAUUUAAAUCCAAAUUAUGUGUUUGCGGUGGCCUUACCAAAUUUAAAUGAACUAAUUAAUAGUUAUGGAUCUGGAAUUGGCGGUGUUAAGACAUUAAGAGCUAAGAAAUACCAACCUUCCUUACCAUUGAAUGUUGUAGAUGAUGUGGACGAGAUUUUGACGCAGAAUAAAAAUGAUGUUAAUGACACUUUUGACUAUGAACAGGACGAUAAUACGGCAGACGGAGUAGAAGAGGAAGAAGAAGAAUCCGAGCGUUCGGCUAAAGAGACCAACCAAAAGAGUUUCAAGGGGGACGAACUUUUUAAAGAGGUUCAACUUCCAAGCUCGCUAGUUCAUAAGAACUGGGGUGAUGAAGAUAUCGAAUCAAACCCGUGGUAG